GCAAUUGCGACGGCCCUCAUCCAUCGCAUUACCGUCCUCUGCCUCCUUGCGACGGGCCUCCUAUCCGACCUCCGUAUCCGCGGCUUGUAAAGCUUUGCAGCCCCUGGACCUAUUUGCGCUUCAACUCUAUACCAUCAACGCGUCCGCUCCUCGAGUCUCCAGUCCUGCUCCUGGCCUGACCCUUAUAUCAUUACCACUUGGCCUUGGCGCAUCAAGUUCGAUCUUCGGUGGCUUCAGCAUAUUAGAACAAUACCUUUAGAGGUCUCUUGGAUUGUUUUCACCUUGAGAGUCGACAGCGAUUAACGGCGACUCGGCCCGGUUAAACGCCUCUUCUAUCGGUUAUCCGCUGCAACGACUUCUGACCGAACGCUUCAUUGCCAACACAUCAUCAACAGUAACAUCAUCACGAAACAACCACGCACAAUCAUUGAAAGCUCGAAUACACUCUUGAAAUGUCUGCCGGAGAUGGAACAUCGACCCCUGGGGUUGGUGGCAGCAAUGCCAGCGAAUUUGUUCGCAAACUUUACCGAAUGCUCGAGGAUCCCGCGCACCAAGAUGUCGCUAGAUGGGGCAAAGAUGGCGACACCUUUGUCGUUGUUGAGAAUGAAAAAUUCACGCGCUCCAUCCUCCCUAAGCACUUUAAGCAUAGCAACAUGGCCAGUUUUGUCCGACAACUGAACAAGUAUGAUUUUCAUAAAGUGCGACAAACGAAUGACAGUGGCUCUGCAGCCAACGGCGCCAAUACUCUCGAAUUCAAGCAUCCCAACUUCAGAGUCGGCAGUAAGGAUGAUCUUGAUAACAUUCGUCGAAAAGCACCUGCUCCUAGAAGAACGCAGGCCACGGAGGAUUUCACAACCAGUCACCAUAUUAGUGUUAUGACUGAACAGCUCACCGCCACGCAGCAGCAAGUGCAACAACUCCAGGAAUUGUUUACCGAGGUCUCUCAGACAAACCGUCUCCUUGUUAACGAGGUUCUGACACUGCAAAAAAUGCUGAAUGCGCAGAAGCAAUCCCAGCACGAGAUGCUCAACUUCUUAUCGCCCUCUACCAACCGUCAUCAACAGACGAUGCAUCUCAACGUCGGUACAUCCCCUCUAGAUGGCAGCGAUGAUUCGGCACCUGAAUUAAGACGAGCUCGCGAGCUUCUGUCCAGUGUGACACCUGAUCAGAUUGCCGACCGGGAGUUGGAACGUCUUCAAGGUGUGUACGGGUCUCCGGCCGAUUCUGCAGUGGUCAUUCCGCAAGCCUCAAUGCCCAUGAUGCAUGAUCCAAUGAACGACAUCAACCGUUAUCCUGUAUACCCGGUGGGUCAGACUGUCGGAAUCGAUCCUUUCCACUCGGAUCACAUCCACAAGAUUCCUUAUGCGAUGCCUAACGAUUCGAGCGCCAACGCCAUGCAGGAAGUGGCUGCCCCUCAACCCAUCAACAUUCAGACCCACGGGAACUCCAAUUCGUCGGCCAAUUCGGCUCUCACAUGGGCAUCCCGGAAACCCAGAAUCUUCCUUGUUGAGGACGACCCAACCUGCGCUAAGAUCGGUAUUAAGUUUCUCAAGUCGAUGGGAUGUGAAGUCGAGCAUGCUCAAAAUGGAGCGGAUGCAUACAGCCGCAUCACAGGCGUGGCCCGUGAUCAUUUCGACAUGAUCUUUAUGGACAUCAUCAUGCCUAAGCUAGAUGGUGUCUCGACCACCAUGUACAUCCGUCAGGACUGUCCUGCUAUCCCUAUUGUCGCUAUGACGUCGAAUAUCCGAUCCGAUGAGGUCCACUGUUAUUUUGAGCAUGGUAUGAAUGGUGUCUUGGCUAAGCCAUUUACCAAGAGCGGGAUGCAGAAGAUUGUCGAGAAUCACUUGAGCUACCUCCUUAAGGGCUACGAUCCUUCAACCCAGCAAGAAUCUGGUUCGGGAUACGUGGUUGGUGGCGCAGGUUACAUGAACCCUCCCAGUAACUUGAACACACCAGGAGGAACAGCGUUCAAGUUUGAGACAACACCUACACCUCCAGCGACUGGCGCGACUUGGUCCCCAGGACAGAUGCCACAGCAGUCCCCUCUCACCACAGGAAUGGACCAAGGGUAUGGCAUGGUUAACGGCGCGAACCAAUACGGCUUAACACCCACGAGUGCCAGCAGAGCCAGCUUCCCUGGCAACAUUUCACAAAAUAACCAGGGACGUAUGGACGGCCAAAGUCCUCCCGAAAAGCGACAGCGUACCUAUGUCUAAGUUUCUGAAUGGAAGAUCGCGUCGUUGGAAUUUUGUCUGGUGUAUGCACGCGGCUAUAUCGUGAGGAGUACGGCGUUUAGGGCGAAAUAACGUGGGAGCUUUUUGACACUGGUGGCCUUGGUGGCCUUCGGUGAAUAAUUGGCUGGGAGAGAGAUUUCAUGUUGGGUAUUUCGCAUUUAUGACUGGGGAGACGUUGGAAUCGGACCCCUUUAACGAGUAAAGGCAUCUGGCAGGAUACAGAAGGCUAGCUGGUCAGUGAGGACUGUUGCUGUUACUUAGUUGCGGACACAGACGGCACGCAUCUGGUUUUGAAUCGGAGUGUACGGUGCGCCUGAUGAACAACAAGAUUUGAUACCUGCGAUAAUAUUAUUCUCUUUUUGGCGAGACACAAAAGAUCCCUUGAGC